AUGGACGAUUGGCAAGAGGCAGCCUUUACAUCAAGGCAUGUCCACAACAGGGCAAACAAGUCCAACAAAGGGGGCCGGCGCGGAAAACGUGGUGGAGUCUUCGAAGUCAAGAGAGCGUUUGGCAGAUACGACAUCAAGUGCCCGAGUGCGACCAAAAUGAGGGGGUCUACGUCCGAAAAAAGCACCGGGAAGUCUGCUGGUCCGUUAAUGGAUAUCUUUCGCCUCUCGGAUGAUGGCAGGGGGUUGCUGGGCCAGCUGAGUCUGCCUGGGGUGCUCGAAGCCAGCGUUAUUCUCACGGGAAGCAGAAAGGUUCUCGAAGAUCUGAUAUUGCAGUUUGAAGAGGGCGAUGAAGAGACUGAAGUUCCCGAUGACUCUGACGAGAAUGGAGGCUCAGGAUCGAAGCACAAGACCUGCGAGGAUGAGAAGAGAGCAGACGACACCCACGAGGAGGACGACGUCGACGAAGAAUCAGAGGAAGAGGAAGAAAGCGAGGCAGAAGAGCACAGACGGUUCAAGAACUUUGAGAAGAACAGCUUCCGAUCUCCCAAACUCUGGUUCCAAUGGAACGGAGACGUCACCUCCACCGCAACGUCCUCCCUAGACGACCAGACGUCGCUGACUACUAGGCGGGAGACUGGCAGAGGCUACAUUGUGUUUUCGGGGAACGACUGCCGCUCUUUCAAGGGAACCAUCAGCUGCGACUCCUUAGGUUGGAAGGACGUCUCGUUGUCUGGAUGGAAGGAGGUUUCCAUGAGCGAGAGAGACUUUGCCUUUGUCUGGAAUUGA